GGAAUUAUACAAAACAUACGUGCUAGGAGCAAACAUGUGUUAUUCCUCCAUACUUUGCGCUACAUUUCUUUUCUCCAAUGGCCAGCACUUAGCAAAUAAUAGCGCAAUUCUAAAUUGGUAAUAUUGAUAUAUGUCAAUGUGUACAGUAGCAACUGCGGGUCCCUGUACGCUGAUUCAUGUAAGUUUAGACGCGCAGGUUUUACGUGAAAACCUGAACACAAAUAAGAAGACUGCCAACUAUUUUGUUUGCUCUUUCGUGUCAGUUGUCGAAUUGCUUUGCUGUUCAUUGAGGGAUUUGAGUUGUCGGUGGAUAGUCGACACGAGCGAUUGAUUCGUACGAAUUGUGCUUGUUUCCUGAACCUGCACAAAGUUAGAGGAAGAUAAUUCGAAAGUUAAGGUUAUUGGUUUGGUUUCUGUCAAAUGAAUGGUCCACCUGCUGGCUGAAGACCCACCAUGGACCUCUCUGGUGCUGACGAGCCGCCUGAAGCGCUGACUGACGGAGAUCCCUGGCAGAGAGCCUUUCACUCCCUGGUACGAGAGUACGUCGUUACCUUCCUGCUCUUUCUCCUGCUCUUGGUGAUCGCACAUGCCGCGGUACAGAGGUACGCUCGUCGGGAGCAAGUGGAGUUUUCGCCGAGAGAUGACGAGGAGGCGACUGUGAACAGAACUGCGCUCCUGCUGUGUACGUUCUCGCUAGCUCUGGCCGCAGGAGCGGCUCUACUGCUACCGAUUUCGAUUGCGGCGAAUGAGGUGCUGCUGCACUACCCGGACUCUUACUACGUGCGAUGGCUCAACAGUUCGCUGAUUCAAGGCAUCUGGAAGUACAUCUUUCUACUGUCUAAUCUCUCGCUGUUCGUGCUUCUGCCAUUCGCCUAUCUCUUCACCGAGUCGGAAGGAUUUGCUGGAGCGCGCAAAGGACUUGCUUCACGGGUGUAUGAAACGUUCGUCGUUCUCUGCCUACUGGCUGUUCUUGUCGUCGGCAUAGCCUACGUCCUGUCGGCAUUCCUCGAUGGGGAGAGCGGCCGUAAGAGCUUGCAGAACGUCUGGACGAACCACCUACCGUUGCUCUACUCCUGGAUAUCAUGCUUCGGAGUGCUCUGCCUCCUUCUCUGCACGCCUCUUGGAUUCGCGCGGCUUUUUGAUCUCGUGGGGAGGUUAAUCGUGCGCCCGCAUCUCAUGGAUGACAUCGAGGAGCGAUGUGCCGCUGCAAGACUCGAAGCAGAUGCGCUGACGCGAAGAGUCGCAGCGCGAACCGGAGGUGGCCCCGAAAGACUAGCACGUGCGCCGUAUGAAGAAAGUGCUGAAGCGGUUGCGACACGCCUGGAGGAAGUUCGCGGAGAGUUGGAGAGGCUGGAGAGGAGGCGCAAGGCGUCACCCUUGCAGAGGAACCUCGGCUACCCUCUGGUGAUGCUGAUGCUGCUCACCCUGACGGCUGCGGCGGAGUUCAUGGUGCUGAGAAACGCCUUGGAGCUGCUCAUCGGUGUCAAGGCGCUGCCGCUCAGCACGCAACAGGUCACUCUGGGGAUCACCUCGCUCUCGGCACUCGGCCCGAUCGGCGCGGCGUUGGAGAUCGUCCUCAUCUUCUAUUUCCUCCUCACAUCACUCGUCGGAUUUUACUCACUUCCCGCUCUCUACCGACUUCGUCCCUCACCGGGGGACACCUCGAUCCCAUCGCUGAUUGCAAACUGUGCGGUAGUGUUGGUCAUAUCUUCCGCUCUGCCGCUUUUGAUGAGAACACUAGGUAUCACCAACUUCGAUCUUCUGGGUCACUAUGGCAAGGUCAGAUGGCUGGGGGAUUUCAAUGUGGUUUUGUUCUAUAAUGUAGUGUUUGCGGUGGGAUCAGCAUUAGGGUUGGUGACAAAGUUUACCGCGGCUAUGCGGCAGGCGUUGUUGGGGCGUUUGAGAGCGGUAAGGAGGAGUCUUCAGGCGAGAGGAGGGGCGGUUCAAGCGCUUCUGCUUGGGGGUGAUGUGGGAAAUGGGGUGGGGAGUGGAAUGGGGAGUCCUGUGGUGGGGAGUCCGGUAGGAAGUACAGUGGGGAGUCCGGUAGGAAGUACAGUGGGGAGUCCGGUAGGAAGUACAGUGGGGAGUCCGGUAGGAAGUACAGUGGGGAGUCCGCAGAAGGGGAAUAAGCAGGAGUGAAGUAGGAACUAACUAAACGUGAGACGGGAGUAUGCAUAAGAUUGAGGUGCAACCAACACAAGGAAGAUAAUGCAAAUGAUUAGGAGAGGCAGAUAGAUAGAUGAGAGAAUAAGAGAUAGAGACAGACAUACCGAUAGUCAUCAGAAAACGUAGGAGGCAACAGCUGUUCUGCCGUUGGGUGCCUGAAAAGAGUAGCUUCUGCCGAGAGUUGGCUCAGAGCAGAUCCUUAGAACGCUCUAAGGCUGAUUCAGCUAAGUCGCUUGAUCUCUCUUUUUUAUACCAUCACUCGCACAGUCAAAGGCUGCGCAUUAGAGGACGUGGUUGCAUAAGAUGUAGGUAGCAGACUCUGGAGAAAUGACAGUUUAAAAGGAGUAACGGAAAGAGUUAAGAGCCGAGGUGAAGUACUGAGAUGAGAUCGGAUAGCGGGAGAGAGAGGGAAGUAAAAUGGUGCCAUCGGUCGUCAGCAGCAUUUGAGAGCAAUUAUCAAAAUUAUGGCCAAGUUUGAGUAUUGCUUUAUUGAAAUUCAAAGAGAAGUAAAUAGUCAAGUGAAAAUCACCCGUGCGACUCAAAAGAAAGCACAAGAAGGAAAGGGGCGUACAAGGAUUGAAUAUGGGUUCUUGUGAGAUGUCACGUUUUUUGGCUCAAUGUGGGAAAGCUAAGUGCUCAUUUUGGUUAGUGUAAUGUAAAUUUGGAAUAUGUCGCUUGGGUAGGUAAACGUGUCAUAAGCAUCGCUUAAGUAAAGAUAUUUGUAGGUUAAGAAGAACAGCAUGAGCGAAAAUGUUUAUUGGUAUUAGCAGCAUUAAGUGGCAAUAUCAUUUCAUAUUUUAACCACAUCAUUUUCCACGCAUACACAAUAUCAUGUUCAUUUUAAGAUAUAUGUAACUGAAAUUACCAAGUCGAUAUUCGUUGUCUUUCGUGUUACUGUGACGGUUUUGUCUUGCUGUUUGUUUCAAUGUUGCAUGCUAGCUGUAGAUUGAAACAUGCACGUGCCGGGCAUUUUUCACGCUCGGGUAUUUCGCUCGAUUUGUCAAAUUGGCCGCCAUUUUGUACGGCCAUGAUGGCUAACGUUUGGCCGCCAUUUUGUGUCAUAAUGGCCGCCAUUUUGAGUCAUAAUGGCCGCCAUUUUGAGUCACAUCCUGCACAAACUUGUCUCGCAUAUAUUCUACCGACAAAGACGUAAUACUAAGGGCUAGUCCGACGCUUUUAGGGUAUCCGCAAUUGCGGGGAAAUAUCGGCCAGAAAGCUGGGGGAUUUCCCGCGCUUUGUGGUGCCAUUUUGUACAUAGGCUAAGAUUUGCGCGUUUUUUUUCACUGUGUUUCUUGUGUGAUGGUGAAUGUUCGCUGGAUUAGCGUAAGAUAUUGUCAUCGCACAUUGGCUGGCGUAGUUUUGCAUAUUUAUUCAUGGGGUAUCCUCAUAAGCAUCAUUCAUCACAUGGCAGGCGCUUGGGUUUGAGAACCACAGUUCGGCUGUGUCGUUUGUCAGUUUGAAGACCACAGUGGCAGAUAACCGUAUGGCUUAGCUAACAGAUAUUACAGUCUUGUGAAUAAUAACUAGCGCGCUAGUUCUAAUCGAUGGCCAGUGAUAAUUUUGACACAAGUGUGGUGCUGCUAAUGCUCGAGCACUGCUACCAUAUUAGCACGUGCCACCAGCGCGAUCAGUCUGUCAUUGCAUCUGGUGGUGUCAUAAGUUGGUCUAGUCUGUGUGCGAAAUUGCGUAUAUUUUGUUCAUUGCUUGUCAAUUCGCCCGCUUUGCUAUGUAUGUGAAGACAGUGUGUAGCACACCGGGAUAACAUGGAGAAUGCUUGUGGCUGUCAACAUAUCGGGUUGUCAUAUCGGGCAUUGACCGAAAGUCGCGUUUCAACCAGAGUCAAACCGGAGGUAGUUUUGACGGCAUCCUUUGGAUUUCUCUAAAUUCACCUGACCUCGCACAAUGCCACCGUGUCACAUCAGCGAUCCGUAUCGUAAUGCGUAUGGCAUUAUGGUAUUUUCAAUAGAUUGUACCAGAUUGGUCUUGUGGCAUCAUAUUGUGCCCGAUUGAUAUUGAGUCAUAUCACGUUCAUGUCAUGUGACACCCGCUGUACGUGCGUUGUUACGUCACUGUCUGCGCUGUAGUUCUUUGGCCGUACAUAUGACGUCACAUUGCGUGGAUGUGACGUAAUUGCACCAUGACGAUACUGUGCGCACAUGUGACGUCAUUGAAUGAUGUCAGGCCGAGUAGAUAUGAGGUCAUUUUGAUGUCAUUGCGUUGCUGUCUCCUGUGCGUGCAUAUGACGUAAUCUGUGCGUACAUAUGUCGUCACUGUAUCCUGACGUCACCGUGAUGAAGUCACUGGUGUUUGAUGUCGGCCGUCUCAGGAGAGCGCUCUUCCGUACGUUGUUCGCCGAACCGUGGUCAAUACAGCCGUCCGUUUGUCGUA